UUCUUAUAAAGUCAGUUUUGGAGUGAGUUUGUGAACGAAGAAGAUAAACUUAUCGGUUUUGAAUAAAUUAUUAAGGAUCAAUUUAAUAAUAUAUAUUUUAUAAACUUUGUGAAGCGAAGGACUUAAUUGUGAAGUGAAGACACUGCGUCUUUAAAUCAGCACUCAAGGAUCUAUUAUCAGCAUUAACUGAGUAAUUAAAAUAAAAUCAUUUCAAAUUUUCAAAGAAUCCAAUUGAAAGAAAUAUGGAUGGUCAAAAGUCAGAUAAUACUACAUAUACUGCUGAGAACGAACAACUUUUCAAUCUUCCAAUAAUAGAGAAAUCAAUAACUUCGGAAAGUUCUCAAAAUGAGGGUAAAGUGGAUGUUGAAGCCACAGCACGUGAUGAGGAGAAGGAAGCAACUCCAGAAAUGGAGUCUACUAAGGAAGCUGAUAAAUGCGAAACGAAAGUUACUGAAAAUAUGGAGGACUCUGCUAAAGAAGCUGAACUUGUUACUGCUAAACGUGAAAAAGGGACUGGCCAAAAUAAGAAGUCUACUAAGGAAAGUAAACUUGAAGCAACUAAAACUAAAAAGAAGUCUUCUUCAAACGCAAAGUUAGUGGAAGGAAAACUUAAGAAAACUGAACUUGAAAAGAAAGCACCGAAAAAUAAAAAGGGAUCUACUAAGGAAACUAAACUUGAAACUCCUAAAAGCGAUAAGGCAGAUCCUCAACUCCAGGAAUCAACCGAAAAAAAUAAAUUUGGUGGAACUAAAGGCGAAAACAAGGAUCCUCCAAAAACUGAAUCUAAUGUGGAUGACAUUAAUUUAACUUUUGAGGAAAGACUUAAACUUGAAAUGGCUAGACGUGAAAUGGAAAGACCAUCUGCUCCUCUUCCCAUGAAUAUACCAUAUUUCUAUCAAUAUAAACGAAACACUAAUGAAGAUGAUGGUCCUUCACCAUUCUCUCCUAUUCCAGCUAUGCGUUUAAAGAAACUUAGUAAGAGCAAGGAAACUUUUUCUGAAGAAGUAACUAAACGUUAUGUGCAAACAGAACAAGAUUUAGGACUGCCAUUUUUUGGUCCACUUGACUUCCAUACUCAUGGAAGACCUCGUCCUUUUUCAACAACUACUCAAUCGGCUUUGGCAGAAAUGAUGAAAAUCACUCAAGAGCUUGAGAAACUUGAUAUCAAAGCCCGUAAAGAAUUGGACGAGGCUAAAAUUAAGGAAGUUGAAAAGCAAAAAAAGAGAUUGCGUAAAGUCUUGAAGGAAUAUGAUGAACUAUCAAGAAUUUUGACAGCUGCUGAAGAUUUCGAGCGAAAAGUUGAUUUGAUUCAUGAGAAUAUAAUGCUACAAAGAAGUAUUCGAAAUGAAAAACAAAAACUUAAGCGCAUGAGACCACCAUCUGAGACUAAAGAGCGUAGCAUUAAAAAGAAAUUGGAAACUCAAAGACUUAUCGAUGAAACUUAUGAAAAUCUCUAUCAAAUAAUUAGAGAUUUGGAAAUGAAUAAUAAGUUGCCGAAAUUUUUUAUUCCUAAAAAAAAGAACGAAAAUCCUAUAACAGUUAUACAAACUAAGGAUGUUGAAAAUGCAUCCAAGAAGAUUUCGGUUCACAAUUUUAAUGAUGCAGAUGACUACGCUGAAGUUGUUGUUGAAUUCAGAUUCAAGUUUGAAGAUGAUGAUGAUGACGAUGAUGAUGACGAAGAAGAAGAAGAAGACGCUGAUGAUGGUAAUGUCGAUGAAACAGAAAAGUCAAAACCAUUUCAAAAAAAAUAAAAAGUUAAAUAAAAAAUAAAAUUUUUUUACUACAAUUUCUUAUUA